AUGAAUUCAACAAGUACAUUGUUAAUGGACUUAAUAGACAGUUCUUCAGAAGACGAUUCCGCCGCUGCUUUCGAUAUUUGCGAUGUAAAAUGCGAAGCUGAAGACCGAGCUCCUGGUGGACACCCUCUACUUCAUCCAGAAGUUAUAGGCUAUUUCUUCACAGUUGUAAUGGCUACAAAUCAGGGGCUGGAGUCAGGCUAG